AUGGGGAUGGAUCAAUGUUUCUUUUUGGUGUGGGGGACUAUUAGACAGUUAAAUGUUAUCCACCGUGCAUCGCGUCCAUCGAGACCUGAUAAGGCACGUCGACUUGGUUACAAGGCCAAGCAAGGAUAUGUCAUUUAUCGUAUUCGAGUACGUCGCGGUGGUCGUAAGCGCCCGGUGCCCAAAGGUGCUACCUAUGGUAAACCCGUUAACCAAGGUGUCAAUCAACUAAAAUACCAACGCUCCUUGAGGGCCACUGCCGAAGAACGUGUUGGUCGCAGAUGUGCCAAUCUGCGUGUAUUAAAUUCCUACUGGGUCAACCAGGAUUCGACGUACAAGUAUUUCGAAGUGAUUCUAGUCGAUCCAUCCCAUAAAGCCAUUAGACGUGAUCCGCGCAUCAAUUGGAUUGCCUCGGCCAAACAUAAACAUCGUGAAGCUCGUGGGCUUACCAGUAUUGGCAAGAAGAAUCGCGGUAUUGGUAAAGGGCAUCGUUAUAAUAAGACAAAGGGUGGCGGUCGACAUGCUAGUUGGCUUAGGAGAAAUACGUUAUCUCUUAGAAGAUAUCGUUAA